AUGGGCAGAGGGUCUCACGAGGCAAAGCAUGCGAAGGGGCUGGGGGCGCGAGAAGAGCCCGGCGCCCCCCAGGCCCUCGCCUGCGCAGCCGCAGUGGAGGCCGCGCCAGCAGCCGGGCUCCGGGAACCGACGCGUCCGCGCGCGCGCAGACUGGCCCGGGCGCUGCGUGGCCCGCGCUGCUCCGUCGGCACCCGCGCCCCUGACACCGUGCUCCCGGGGCGCUCCUCGCAUCCUACUUUGCACCUUGGAACCACCAAGCCCGGCGUGUCCUAUGCCUCUGACACUCCUCGAUAUGUCCCUCUCGUCGCACGUGCCUCCAACACUCAUGCACCUCGGGCACCCCGACCUCAGACACAGCCCGGCUCACCUGUGGUUUCUGCCCCUACCUCGCGUGCUGUACCCACUGCCUCGGGCCCCAUGCAAACCGUCCUGCUGGCUCAGCUUGUCCCCAAUGCUCAGUUUCCCUUUGCCGAAGGUCUAGAGCCCUCGGGCCCGGUGAGGCACCGCCUGGUGGAUGGGGGCCCGGUCGAGCUGCGCUUCUCCCCCCGGCCGCUAGGGGCCGCUGCCUCGCUGCUGUGCGGCCGCCAGGUGAGGAGGCCCCGCCCCUUCUCCCCAGCACUGUGUGUCUUGCUCACCCUGGCAGGAGGUGAAGCCCAGAGCCAUACAGCCUGUGCCCGGUGUCUUCCAAACUCCACGUGUGUCAAUGCCACCGCCUGUCGCUGCAAUCCAGGAUUCGUGUCUGUGUCUGGGAAGAUCAUCAUCAGCCCCUCGGAGCCUUGUGAUGACAUCAAUGAGUGUGGACCACCCACAAGCGUGUCCUGUGGAAAACUCGCAGACUGUCAUAACACAGAGGGAAGCUACUACUGCACAUGCAGCCCAGGAUAUGGGCUCGUUUCUGGGGCAAAAACGUUCAGGAAUGAGAGUGAGAACACGUGUCAAGACGUGGACGAAUGUCAGCAGAACCGCAGAGUCUGUACAAGCCAUGGCAUCUGCAUCAACACCCAGGGCAGCUACAAAUGCCAGUGCCUGCCUGGCUUUGAGCUCAAACCGGAGGACCCAAAGCUGUGCUCAGAUGUGAACGAAUGCACCUCAGGACAAAAUCCGUGUCACAGCUCAACCCACUGCCUCAACAAAGUGGGCAGCUAUGAGUGCCGCUGCCGCCCCGGCUGGAAGCCGGUCCCCAGGUCCCCCAAUGGCCCAAAUAACACCGUCUGCGAAGAUGUGGACGAGUGCAGCUCCGGGCAGCACCAGUGCCACAGCUCCACCUUCUGCAUCAACACUCAGGGAUCCUACAAGUGCCGCUGCCACCGAGGCUGGAGGCCAGUUCCUGGGUCCCCCGAUGGCUCAAACAACACCGUCUGCGAAGAGAUCCCUUUCUCCACCUGGACCCCACCCCCUGGAAUCAACAGUCAGACUCUUUCCCACUUCUUUGAAAGAAUCCAGGAUUUAGGCAAAGACUACAAGCCAGACUCAGCCAAGGACACCAUCCAGAACCUCAUCAACUUAGUGGAUGAGCUGAUGACAGCCCCUGGGGACAUGGAGACCCUGGCCCUACCUGACCGGUACCACAUGGCCACCCACCUGCUCUCAGGCCUCGAAAAUGUCCUGAGGACCCUGGCCAAGACCUUGCCUGAUGGCUCCUUCACCUACCGUUCCCCUUUAGGCACAGAGCUGUCCCUGCUGAUCCAGGAGCAGGGGGACAAAAAUGUCACCAUAGGCCAGAGCCAUGCACGGAUGCUGCUGAACUGGGCUGUGGCAGCUGGAGCUGGGGACUCUGGCCCCACCGUGGUGGGCAUCCUCUCCAGCCCGAACAUGAUGAAAUUGCUGGCCAACACCUCCUUGGACCUGGACCACGAGAAGCAAGUUGAGCUGGAAGAUAUUCAUGAAAGCCCCAUCCGUGGGGCCCAGCUCGAGCUCCUCUCGGCGGUCAACUCUGUCUUUCUGAGCAACACAAACACCGAGAAACUCGACUACCCCGUCAUCUUUGCCAUCUCUCACCUUGAGUCCUCAGGUGGGGAGGGGGGAACCAGACCUACUGCUCACCCCAUAACACCUGAGACACGGCAGGAACUGAUCUGUGCCUUCUGGAAAGACGACAACAACAGGGGUGGGCAGUGGGCCACCACGGGCUGCCAGAUACUGGGCAGCCGGAAUGGCAGUACCACCUGCCAAUGCAACCACCUGAGUAGCUUCGCCAUCCUCAUGGCUCACUAUGACGUGCAGGACCCGAAGUUGGCCCUGAUCACCAAGGUGGGACUGGUGCUUUCGCUGGUCUGCCUGCUGCUGUGCAUCCUCACCUUCCUGCUGGUGCGGCCCAUCCAGGGCUCGCGCACCACCGUGCACCUGCAUCUCUGCAUCUGCCUCUUCGUGGGCUCCGCUAUCUUCCUGGCCGGCAUCGAGAACGAAGGCGGCCAGGUGGGGCUGCGCUGCCGCCUGGUGGCCGGGCUGCUGCACUACUGCUUCCUGGCCGCCUUCUGCUGGAUGAGCCUGGAAGGCCUGGAGCUCUACUUCCUCGUGGUGCGCGUGUUCCAGGGCCAGGGCCUGAGCACGCGCGGCCUCUGCUUCGUCGGCUACGGCGUGCCCCUGAUCAUCGUGGCCGUCUCCGCGGCCUUCAACAGCCAGGGCUACGGCCGUGCCAUCUACUGCUGGUUGGACCCAGCCCGUGGCUUCCUGUGGAGCUUCCUGGGACCUGUGAUCUUCAUCGUUUUGUGCAAUGCUGUUAUCUUCGUGACUACUGUCUGGAAGCUCACUCAGAAGUUUUCUGACAUCAAUCCAGAAAUGAAGAAACUGAAGAAGGCAAGGAUGCUGACCAUCACCGCCAUCGCCCAGCUCGUUGUGUUAGGCUGCACCUGGGUCUUUGGGCUCUUCCUCUUCAACCCACACAGCUGGGUCCUGUCCUACACCUUCACCAUCCUCAACUGCCUGCAGGGCCUGUUCCUCUACGUGCUGCACUGCCUGCUCAACAAGAAGGUCAGGGAGGAGUACCGGAGGUGGGCCUGCAUGCUGGCUGGGAACAAGUACUCGGAGUUCGCCUCAUCCACCUUUAGCACCAGCCAAAAUCAGAGUCGGGCAUUCAGGAGUUCAGAGUCCGGCCUGUGAAGGUGUGGUUCCGGCCAGGCCAGCAGCUCCUGUGGCCUCAGCAGCUUUUGCACAUGCUGAAGACUGUCCUCUCCUCUCCACACCCCCUGCUCUCUGUCCUCCCUCCUUGGGCCCCGUGUGCCCCAGAGUGGGGGUGACAGCCAUAGCCUGGCACCAAACCCCAGAACACCCAGCCAGGGUAGAGAGUCGGAGCCACUGGUCCUUCCUGCUGCUUCUCUCUGCCCAACCCCUGCUGUGACCCAGGGUGGGGACAGGAGCUGGCCCAGGGUAGCAGCCCAUUGCCCUGGUACAUGCAGCUAGUAGUGGGGACAGAUUGAGGGCUCAUCCCUGAGCCUGGCCCUUUCCCCUCAUCUGCCUUUGCUACAGAACAGGAAAGGCCAGGGUGCUAGGGUUCAAUCUCCCCUUCAAGCUAAGACUGGUAUCAGAGGCCCAGAGAAGGGCAGGGCCCCUCUCGACACUGCCUGAGGCUGACGGUACAGAGACUUGUCUGCCUGCUCCCGCCUGGGAGUCAGGGGGUUCUCACUGUUUUGAAGGUUGUGGAUGUUGUGUAAAGUGUUUUUAUCUGUAUAAAACUUUCAGUGUAGACACUUAAAAUUAAAUAUUAUACUGAUAGAGAAA